CCACAUCGUCGUAUACGGCAAAUCUAGACAUUACGUUGUUCUGACACAAGUCCUUCAAAGUGACUUCACAUCUUUCCAUCCUCUCCGUGUGCUCCGUCUCGUCGCCACCAUGGACGAUCUCUCUCUAGAGAAAAUCGAGAUUCCAGGUCCAACACUAGCCUCCCUCAUUCAACGAGCGUCCUCCUCUCCCGGCGACGUCGACGGCUUAAUCUUCGGCCAAAUCCACCGCAUCGUCUCCACUACCUUAUCCGACGACUCUCCGGCGCAAUCGUCCCCCUCGAUCCCCUCCUCCUCCUCCUCGUCCGAUCAAAUCGUCGCCACCGUGACGAGCUUCACCUCCUCCGGAAAAACCUUCUCCUUCUACGACCCCCUCGGCCGAGUCGACUCGCUCCGGAUCGACUCCCUCCGAGUCGACUCUCCGGACCGCCUCCUCGGCUGGUUCUCCGCCCGGAGAAAAACCGCCAGCCGCCCCUCCAUGCGCGAGCUCUCCGUCUCGUCCUCCCUCUCGUCUCGGUUUCAGCUACCGAUCGAGAACUCGGAGAGCCCCAACUCAACGGCCUCCUCAUCCUCCUCCGUGUUCGUCCUUCUCACCACGCCGCUGAAUGAUCAGCUGAUCCACACGCACGAGUACCGCGCGUACCAGUUCCGCGCCGCGAGCCGGCGGUUAGAACCGAGAUCUAUCGGUAUAGUCAACAUCGGACCGGCGUUUCGCGGGCACUACGGUUCGUUUAACCCGAAGUCGCGGUUUCCGCCGCUGCUGUGCGAGAUGAGCAGCUCGGCGAUGAUGAACGAGGACAGGGACGAAGGGUCUCUGAGCGCGAAGAAGGAAGCGGCCAAGGAUCAGAAGGAAGUGGAUGCGUUGGCGGAGGGGUUUCGAGUGGGGGAUUUGAAGCGUUUGGUUGGUGCCGAAGCUGCGAGCUAUACGGGCGCGAUCGAGGAGAUGUAUGAGAGGAUGCUCGCCAAAGUCGAGAGCUUGGCUUCGGAGGUUGAGAAGAGUUCUGCUAGAGUACUUGAACUGGAAAAUCAUAAUCGGAAGAUUAGAUACCGAGUUGCCAGAAUCGAGCGGUGAAGCUUGUUUCUUUGCUGCCAGAUCUUUUGAAAGAGCCAGGAUUCGCAGAAGUAGGGGGAACUUUUCCUUCGGAAGAACUUGUUGUGUAUUUUGAGGCGUAAUCCGGGAACGGAAGAUGAUGGCUUGAGUUUAACUUUCUCAAGUUCUCUGCUGGAACGUCCUUGUUCAGAUAAAUGUAUUUUUGGCGUAUCAUCAAAUUUUAAUGUUUUUUUUUCCUGUUCAGAGAGUUCCUUUUGAUGGCUUUUUCAAGUUCCUCAUUGCUUCUGGACUGGAAAUGAAAUGGCUUUGUGCUUAUAAUGUAAACUUUUCAAAGUGAUUUUGAUUA